GCAGAGAAAGCCAAAGAAGAGAAACAAAGAGAUUCAGGAGAACUAAACUAAUAAUGGCUUCACAGACAAAUCAAACCGUGGAUACCACCACCCAGGCAAAUCAAACCGUGGUGGAGACGAAGAACAUGGAAACAGAGAACCCACCGAAGCCUCAAGAGCCAUUAUCAUCAUGCAGGAAGAGGGUGAAUGAUGAGAGUGCCACUUUCUUUGAGAACCUCAAGGAUCACAUGGAUGAGUUCAUCCAUGCCUCAAUGGAUGAACACAAAACUUGUUUCCAACAGACCAUGAACAAGAUAUUCGGGACGACCUUUUCGAAGACGGAUGAGAAGCAAGUUGAGGCUAAGGAAGUCGUCGCUCCUCUUCAGGGCAGCUCUAACUAACUAGAGAGAGAGAGAGAGAGAGAUUCUCACAGCUAGUGAGCCUCAGAUGAAGAUUAUGAAAGUGUUUUUAUUUUUCUCCUGUUUUAACUUUUCUGUGGGUGUUGAUAUAUACUCUUAGAACCUGCUUCUAUCUUUUAAUCCUUUCUAAAAUCAUAUAACUUGUUUCUAGACCAUUUAAUUGCAUUAAUCAUCUAUCUAAACUAAUUUCAUUUA